ACCCAACCACAACGAAAAUAUGUAUAAAAUAUGUGCAUUUUCCGAUGCAACUACUUUCAAUAUGAUACAUACACAUUUCAGUUUGGCAUCACCUAUAUUUCUGUUAAACAAGGCAAUCCUUAUCGUCUGGUAUAUGGUGUUGACAGCUAUGGCAACGUUUGUAAUCAGAAAAAUGAUAAAAUAGAUGGCGUUUUCUAUUCUGGACAAGAUAACACGAACAAACCUAAAGUAUUCUUCUUCGACCCGACAUAUUUCAUAUCGAUGUUGCCCAACAACCCAUUUCCCUCUUUAACUGAAGAUGACACGGAAAUUAUCUGUAUAGAAAAGUGUCCACCUACUAAAACGGAAGUCAUUGAUUUCUUCACGAAUGAGGGUGUGAAUCUUUGUCAUUAUAAUGUAGCACCGUACGUGGAUGAUAUCAAACAAUGUCCGGCUACCCCAGUGCAAAAACAUGAGAGUAUCUUCAAUCGAUGUAUCCCAGAAGAUAUCGUAAAGUAUGCUAAAGACAUAGCGUCAUCGUUUGCUUCUGUUCUUAGUAACAGUUACAUGGGCAGUAAUACGCCACAGAAAAUUGUGUCUGACUUGAAGAACACGUGGAAGGAGAUUGGUUACCUAUCAGCUAUUUCAGUGGGUGUGGCUUUUAUUGUGGUUUUGCUAAUGAGGUUCUUAGCAGCAGUGAUUGUAUGGACAUUGGUUAUCGGGGUGAUGUUGUUAUCAAUGGGUGCUUCUACUUACUGCUGGUAUUCAUGGCAUAGUCUGAACAACGAGUUCAAGAACUUGCCGACUAGUGAACAGACGGACGAAGCGAUUCACACGGUACACACAUGGCUUAUUUAUGCUGGAAUAAUAUCCCUGAUCACAAUUGUCCUCUUUCUGAUACUGUUGGUUCUUCGGAAUCGUAUUAUUCUUGUCGUGCAGCUAUAUAAGGAAGCAGGAAAGGCUGUAGGGCGCAUGCCGUGUAUGCUUUUGCUACCAUUUACGACAUUGAUAUCUAUCAUUGCUUUCGUGGGUUGUCUGUGCUUGAUUGCUGUCUUCAUAGAAACCUCAGGACUUCCUGAAAUUAAGAAGAAUGGACAUGUGAAAUAUGUACAGGAACCGUUCUGGAAGUAUUUACGGUGGUACAAUAUAUUCGCGAUGCUAUGGAUAUCCUCGUUUCUUGUGGCAUGUCAGGACAUGGUGGUUGCCGGGGCGGUAGCUACCUGGUAUUUUACCAAAGAUAAAAAGAAACUAGGCUGCCCAAUUACUAGGUCAUUUGUGAGACUGUUUAGGUAUCAUUUGGGAUCAGUUGCAUUUGGAUCAUUUAUCAUUGCAGUUGUGAAGUUAGCUAGACUUAUUCUUGCUUACAUACAGAGAAAGUUAAGAGGUAAAGCAGGAAAGGUGGUGGACUUUAUCUUGAAAUGUCUUCAGUGUUGUUUAUGGUGUUUUGAGAAGUUUCUCAAAUAUCUCAACAGAAAUGCAUACAUUGAAAUAGCUAUAUAUGGAUACAGUUUCUGCAGAGCAGCUCAAAAAGCUUUCAUGAUAAUUGUCAACAAUGCUUUACGUGUGGCAGCCAUAAAUUGUAUAGGGGAUCUUGUAUUGUUUCUUGGUAAAGUUUCCACUGUUGCUGUUGUCAUGGUUAUAGGCAGAGAAAUGCUCAAGGGGCAUGAUGACAUCAACUAUAUGUGGGUACCAAUGUCUGUAGCAUGUGCAUUUGCCUUCGCUGUUGCUCACUGUUUCCUGCUUAUAUAUGAGAUCACAAUAGAUACAAUAUUUCUGUGUUUCUGUGAAGACUGUGAGAGGAAUGAUGGACAGGAAAGGCCGUAUUUUAUGAGCAAAAAUCUAAUGGUGUACUUGAACAAGGCCAACAAAGCUGAAGAGACAUCCAAGACAAAGAUUACCCCAAAACUAAAGAAAACCAAUAGUUUAACAACAAAACUCUAAUGAAAUCUUUGAAUCUUUUUGCCUUAUAAUAAUUGUGAAACUUCUAAUAAGUAAAAUGGUGACCACCAAAAAAAGUAUUUUUUCUUAAAUUGUAAUUAUGAAAUCAAAACAAAAUGAUAUGAUAUUCUUGGUUAAAGCAUUAAUAAACAUUAUUACAUGUACUAGUACAAUUGUAUAAUUAUACAUAAAAUGCUCUUGACAAAUUCAGCAGAACAUAAAUCAUGUCUUUCAUAUUACAUUUAGCUGUUUGAUUAGAGAAGAAAAUAAUUAUAUUACAUGCAAACCAACAAAAAGACAUAUUUCAAGAGCACUUUUUUGACUUUUUAAUCAAUGUUCACAAUUUUCUUGUUCAAUUUUGGUUAUAUGUUGAUAUUUGUUCAUUUAUGUAAGUACAAUUGAUUAAAUAAAUCCAAUUAAACAGUUGAUAAAAGUUUGUCUUG